AUGGUUUCCUUCAUUGCGACCGCUCUCUCUGCCAUUUGCAUGGCCCUCACUACUUCCGCUGCUCCCACUGAAGCUGAGGCUCGCGAGGCUUCUGCCCACAGCGGCUCCAUCACCUGGUACAACACCGGCCUCGGCGCCUGCGGUCACGUCAACAACGACAACGAGCUCGUUGCCGCCGUCUCGCACUCUCUCUACGACCGCGAGCACCCCUGUGGCCGCCAGAUCCGCGUCAAUUACAAGGGGCGAUCUGAAGUCGUCACUGUUGUCGACCGCUGCGAGGGAUGCGCCGAGAACGACCUUGAUCUCUCGCCGGCUGCUUUCCGAGGCGUCGUUGGCGAUCUUGGAGUUGGCCGUACCACUGCUACUUGGGACUGGGCUUAA